CAGUGAAAUCCAGCAGCUGAACCUUGUGUCAAAACAGAGAGGGGGCAUCAGCGGCUACAGCUCGCACAGACUUCAGCUCUAUUUACUGGAAGUAUUCCUCGACACCGAGUGUUUUUCAGAAACGUCUGCGUACCAUGACCGAACAAUCAGCAUUACUUCUUCGAAAACAACUGGCAGAGCUCAACAAAAACCCCGUGGAGGGCUUUUCAGCUGGUCUGAUAGACGAUGAUGACAUUUAUAAAUGGGAAGUCGUGAUCAUCGGUCCUCAAGAUACCCUUUUUGAAGGAGGGUUCUUCAAGGCGUACCUGACCUUUCCGUAUGAUUAUCCUCUACGACCUCCAAAGAUGAAGUUCAUCACAGAGAUCUGGCACCCAAACGUGGCAAAGAACGGAGACGUUUGCAUCUCAAUUCUGCACGAGCCAGGCGAGGAUAAGUUUGGUUAUGAGAAGCCUGAGGAGCGCUGGCUUCCGAUCCACACGGUAGAGACAAUCAUGAUUAGCGUUAUCUCCAUGCUAGCAGACCCCAACAGCGACUCGCCAGCUAACGUUGACGCCGCGAAAGAGUGGAGGGAGGACCCAAACGGCGAGUUCAAGAGGAAGGUGGCGCGCUGUGUAAGAAAAAGUCAAGAAAUGGCAUUUGAUUAGGAGUCAUCAGCGCGUUCCAGGUUAAAGUCGAUGCCUUCAGAGGGAAGAUUUCAACAAAAGGCUUUUGCACCCCUUGUUUUGCCAGUCAAAGGAAAUGGUUGGCGUCAACUUCAACCACGUUUCUGUGAACGGUCGUUUUAUUUUUCUUCUUUCUUUCUUUCUCCGCAAGAUGAGCCAAUUUGAGAACCCUACCAGCGAAAUUGAACCUGUUUCCUACCUGGAAUUGUAUAUUUAAUGUUAUUUAUUUUGAAAAAUUAAUGAUGUAAGAUAUGUCACUACUGUAAAUUAACUUGCUUUUUUAUCUGCUGCUGAACAGUUUCUACUUUAUACCAGGUUUCUUAUGCAACUUAGUGGUCAAGAUUGUGUCAAAGGAAACGUUAAAACCCAUUAGGUCAUCACCUCCCGACGUGACACGCACCGCCAGAUUAAUGUUUAAGGUCGCGUCAGAUGAUUUCAGCUCCGUUAUAGAAUCACUGUCACCUUGAUGUAGGCCUCACCUCCUCACGGGCUGUUGGUGUUGUCGAGGACGCGGUCGAGAACCUUCAGAGGGACUCACCCCCAAUUUCCACAUACUCGCGCGUCAGUCCCGCUCACUGCCUCUCUAGUCGAUGAUCGUGUUUCCACAGCGAGUGUUCAACCAGCGCCACUACACUCAACUCCAUUUCAAAUACGCUGUCAGUCUAUUUUCGAUGGAGCUCGCUGCAGGCACGCGUCAAGCUGGACAGAAUCGAGCGACCUGGACAGGAAGUCAGACAAAGAAAUGCACAGAGCGAGUGUCCGCUGAAUUUCAAAAUAAUAUAUUAAAAAUAAUAAAAUCCUGAUUGUAUUUUCCAUGAUUUUAUUGACAUUAAACAGGCGCCAAACGAAUCAUCCUCGUGAAGACAAAGCAACAUUGUCUCCUGUCAUGUGUGUACAGCUGCUCAUGGCUGAAACAGACCCAGAUGAGGCAGGGCACACGCCGUCCCACGGAGCAAAACCGUGGCGCUGACGGACCUUGACGUGCACAGAGAAUGUGGAAAUUGGGGGUUACUCUGUCGACCUUUCCAUACAGUCUUUAUUUUUUGAGAAAGGCCUCCUGUUAGCAUGUGAGUUAUGCUGGUGUAUGUAUAAAACCAUAACUCUCAAACCUGCAUGACCCCCCCUCAGCAGCUCCGUCAUAUAUCGUUUCCUCGCUGUAGAUGUAAAUGGAAUGGCUUACACGGUGACUUGAGAGUUAUCAUUUUUGCGUCUCAAUCGACUCACACAAGCAUAGCUGAAAGGUGACAGGAGGCUUUUAGCCGACGUCUCAGGAGCACACUUCAUCGGGUGUUACAUUAGCAACCUCCUGACCCCGCCCCCUUAACGCCUGGUCAGUGAAGGUCUCCGUUCAUUACUCCGUCUCAUGUCUUUUCACACGGCCAUUAAAAAUCACAGACAUCCAAAUAGAAGCCGCAGCUGUGCAUCCGUUACCUGACAUCGGAGCGUACCUCAAGGUGGAAGGACGACGAAGAGGAUUGUGGUCGUUUGAGUAGAAUCAGGCUCGUCAUUCAUACCUUGUUGUUGCACAUCUGACUUAAAUAAGGGCGUUUACGUCUAAUUCACUCGUGGGUUCAAAGUAACACUCUUGAGUUCUGAUUGGUGCAUACUUAGAGUAUAUCGAUCCCUAUCACUGGACAUGGGUUUUUAAUGUUUGAUCAACUUAAAUCGCCGCUCUGUAAAAAUCAAACUUAGCGUUCUGACAGCAUCGGACACAUCCUGCGUUCAGGUUUUAUUUUGAAAAACAGUCUCAUGUGGGCGGAGUCUGUGGAAACGUCACGUUAAUCGACUGUCGCUGAAUAUAAAGCCAUGAUAAUGACGUCGACCUCUGAAUAAUGUUACACAAAGACUUUGAAAAAUAAACUAGCUCACCAUGUUUGGCGCAUGCAAUCAGGUUUGACGGGGUUGGGUACGUUACAAAAUGAGAAUAAGUCAGAACGUUGUGGGGGAAUGUGACUGUAGACUCGAUGAUCACAUAACUGCUGUCAACAUUACCUUUUUAAGUCAGACUUUUCUAACCUACCAUGACCUCCUCUGACCGGUGUUCACUGUAUUUGCACAGAUUUGGUGCGUUUGAAAAUGUCUUUAAGCAAUACGCCCUGACAAUGGUGUGUCCAGGUAACCCACCCUAACGCCAUUUUUUUUUUGUUUGUUUGUUUGUUUUUUUGUUCAUUUUGUGUCGAUGCAAUGUAUAUUGGACAUGAUGCUCAAUAAAGUGUGUAAACAGA